AUGCUCCACUCGAGACCACCCUCGGACAACUUUUUCCCUGGCACGUUGUGGUCUCGUGAAAUCUACGUAGGCGAUCCAUACACCUUUUUGUUCGUCAAGCGAGGCAUCCUCCAGUUUGUCUAUGUCAAGCCCGUGCUGGCUAUUUUGACCAUGGUUCUCAAAGUCACUGGCAAUUAUCAAGAAGGCGAGAUUAGCUGGUCCAGUUCCUACGUUUACUUGACAUUCUUUUACAAUCUGAGUGUCUCUUUGACGCUAUGGUGUUUGAUGGUGUUCUUUUACGCCACUAAGAAAGAUUUGACCGGGUUCAGACCGUUACCGAAAUUUCUGUGUGUCAAGGCAAUUAUUUUCUUUUCAUUUUGGCAAAGUGUCAUUAUCGCAUUGCUUGUGUCAGCUGGUGCCAUACCAGGGGAAGAGCAUAUCUCAGUAGCUAUUCAAGAUUUCCUGAUUUGCUUGGAAAUGAUACCCGCGGCUAUUGCCCAUUCGUUCUCGUUUUCAUACGAGGAUUAUUACGAUCACAAUGUACACUCCGCUCGUAUGCCGAUCAUGCACGCCAUCCGCGAUUCGUUGGGACUGAAAGACGUCUACAUGGACACGCUCGAUACCUUGCGUGGUUCACAGUUCAACUACCGCUCAUUCGAACCCUCCGAAGGUGUUCCCCAUAUCGGCAGUAGCCGGACAUCCCGUAUCAUGGCAGGCUUGCGCUACUCUUCGAGCACGGCGAAGAAGCACUGGCUCGAGCCUGCACCCGUGUCACGGUAUCUAAAUACAGGCCGUGGCAUGAAUGGUGAAACGGUGGAUGACAGCGACCCGCUCGAGUUUGAAGAUCCCAACCCUUGGGACGAGGUGGAGGCUCUGUAUGAGCAAAGUCGAUCGAUGAUGUUUGGCGACUACAAUUAUCCAGUGAUCGAUUUCCGAGCACCGUUGUGGCGACAAGUGCGGAUGGCGAGUCCCACAGGUAGCACACGCAAGCUGCGGACAUCCUAUGUACCUGCGCCGCGUGAAGGAUGCAUCGACGUCAUUGUUGAACAAGGAAAGGGCAAUUAUGUGGUUGUCAAUGACAUG